AUGGGGCUUUCGAAAGAGACUGAGUCGCAAAAUGCAACCCCCUCUCAUCUAGACAAGUUGAAAGUAGCUAUGGAUGAACAGUUCAUCAAGUCCUCAAAGAUUGUCAACUCUUUCCGAGGGUCCAACAAAUUACCAGCAGAUUCAAUAUCGGGUGAAUCGCCUUCGGCUCCUGGUAAUUCGCAAGCUCUUCAUCCUUUGCCAUUUUCGAGUUUAUCCAGUUCUACUGAUGGAAUCUCUUCUAAUUUGAACUUUCCUCGUCUUCCAACGCAACAACGACCGUCCCUAGAUAAACCAGAAUUUUUUUUUGAAACGCCCGUCGCUUCAAAUCGUACAAACAAUCUUGCAUCCCGACGAUCAUUUGAACAGAGCAAUUCUUCCGCCAAUUCAUUAAAAGAUUUAGGUGGUGUGGCUUCCAUUAAUAAUAGAGAUAACUUGACAACGAAUGAUAGUAGAGGAGAUUCUACAAAUUCUUCUUUACACGAGCCGUUCGAAACCGAUUAUUUUUCAGAAUGGUCUCGUCCGCCCUCUUCGGAUCCUCUAGAAAGUCAAUACCCUAAUUUUUUUGAAUUCGCUUUUUUAUUAGUAUCCACUAUCGAUAUCUCUCUGCUCUGGAAAAAUGUUAUCGACAUCUUUACACAACAAUAUUUGGCCCUCGAACUUUCUUUAAUAGAACCCUGUGAUGUAUCAGAUCCCUUUAAUACUCCCUGGAAGUUAAAAUGCUUAUACCAAGGAUCUAAAGCGCGUAAUCAAAAGAAUGAUACCAAUGAUUCUGAGAUGGACAAUAAAAAAACCAAUCAAUCUGAUUCAUGCAGUAUAACGGCUUCUACUGGUGCAAAAGGCAUUAUCUAUAAUUCCCAACGAUCGCCUCCGAUGAGAAGCCCGUUAAUAGAUCAUUAUACCGUUCAAACAGUUCUUGAACGGAAAGCUGCUUUAGUGUAUACCAGACGACAUACAUAUCCCAGUGGACCGUCUCCGAACUCCAGCGGUAUUUCUUCAACAGAACGAAUUACUCAGUCUGAGGGUGUAAAUGGCGACAGUAGUACCAAAAAGAGAGACAAUAGUAUCUCAGAUAAAUUUCCGCUGUCGCGUCCAUCCAAGAAUAAAUCACUUGGAGGCCCAGACAGUUACGAUUAUUGCUCAGACUGGGUAACUUCCCGAGAAGCUGAUCGCGGUAUGUACGAUGAAUUUGAGCAAAGCUUGUUAUCGCCCUGGUCAAAAUCUCCUUUGGGUAGUCCGGCCAUUCAAACUGACUCUAAUCGGAACCCUUUUUUUCAGGGUUUACAAGAAGCUUCCUUUUUGGAGUCUAAUGAGAAGAAAGACGAGAGUUUUAACGAUGCGCAGAACCUUCAUAAUGAAACGGUUAACGACUAUUUUUCGCAUCAAUCCCAAGCUGAACAUGACACCGCAUUAAGCUUAGUUCAUAUUCCCCUUAUACAUCCUGGAACUGGCAAUUCUAAUGCACCAUCUAACCGGGUUCCUGUAGCAAUCCUUUCUUUCAAAUCAAAUCUGGUUCCGUAUCCCGAUAAUCUUAUAUCAUAUAUCGAUCGUUUGGUUCCAUUCAUUUUCGCAGGUUACACAAAUUGUCUAGCCACUAUGAUCCCAAGUAAUGUCCCUUCUUUACAAAGUCAUGAUAAUUUACAACCGAAUUUGCAUUCACGUUCGGCAGCAGGAACAAAACAUGGAGAUCGUUGUUAUAAUUCUGAGGAUGCGAACGCUUGCCAUCAUUACGGUGAGAAUACAAGCUCAAACCUGAGUGAAGAUAAGCUAAUUAAUUUUUAUUUUAUGUACAGUAAAAGCAUAAAGACAUCUCCAAAACUUACUGUUAAUGGCUUAUCGCUAAGAUUCCACAGCACUUUGCAAAGACUAAAGAGAGUGAUGAAUAAAAAAAGGCGAGGCUUUAACCACAAAUGUCAUACGGCGAAAAAGGAAUGUUUAAAAAGCAAAGAGUCGGAUGAAAAUUCAUUAAAGCCAACUGGUGGUGAUCUAGGGCAACAAAUUCAAUUAGGUGGCGCGUCUCCUCAGUUUUCUCUUUUGAAAAGCAUAAUAGAUUCUAUUCCUGUUCAUGUGUUCAUUGCGGAUCCUUUAGACGGAACCGUUGUUUGGGCCAACGGACGGACAUUAUUGUAUUGCGGACUCAGUUUAGACGGCCUAUUAAAAAAACAAUUCAGCUGUAUACAUCCAAAUGAUUUGCAGAGUUUUAUGAGGGGUUGGAAACAAUUCCUAUCUUCUGCUGAAGUUUUUACUAAAGAGAUACGCCUUCAACGCUUUGAUGGUAUGUACCGUUUCUUCAUAUGCAGAGCUGUUCCGCUACUUGAUUGCAGUGGUUCAGUGUUACAUGUUUUUGGUACGAUGACCGACGUACAUGAACAAAAAAUUGCUGAAUUGGAAGUACAGAGGCAGUCUACUGCUGCUGCUAACGAAAAUAAUUACCGAUCGUUGGCGGAAGCCUCUCCUCAGAUUGUGUUUGCGGCUAGCACUAAAAAUGGUAUUAUAUAUGCUAAUGCUCAAUGGCUUAGCUAUUCGGGAUUGUCUUUUGAAAAUAGCUUAGGUUUAUGCUAUCUUUCUGCAGUACACCGAGAUGAUCGUGAGAAGUGUUUGCUUCCUAAUCCUGGCCACGAUCCUGGCAAUGAGUCUAGCAUUGAUAAUACUUACGUUGCUGAGAUACGAUUUCGUUCUACUGAUGGCUGUUACCGAUGGCAUUUGGUAAAAUCUGUUUGUGUGAAUAAUUCUGCGGAUUAUGAUUCCAAUCUAUGGCUAGGUACUUGCACUGAUAUUCAUGAUCAUAAAGUAUUAGAAGAAAAACUAAAAGAGGCAAAUGUGGAGGCUCAUCGAAUUGUAAGGGAUAAAAUGCAAUAUUUGUCGAAUAUGUCUCACGAAAUUCGAACUCCUCUUAUUGGUAUAACUGGAAUGGUUAGCUUUCUAUUGGAAACCGAAUUAUCUUCUGAACAAACAAGUUAUGCUCAUGUUAUCCAACAGUCAGCUGAAUCCUUACUGACUGUUAUAAAUGAUAUUUUGGAUUUAAGCAAAGUAAGAGCAGGGAUGGUGAAGUUGUCCAGUGAAAGAUUUUCGUUACGUGCUUUGAUGGAGGAUGCCAAUGAGACAUUAAGCACACUAGCAUUUUAUAAAGGAAUUGAAUUAAACUUUAUAGUUGAUCAUAAUAUCCCAGAUGUGCUUUCUGGUGAUCGUAACAGAAUUCGUCAAGUUGCUCUGAAUGUUAUCAGCAAUGCUAUUAAAUUUACAGACACAGGUGAGGUAAUUACUCUAUGUUCCGUGGGGAAAUGGUUGAAUGAAGAUCAAUCUGUAAUACUAAAGUGGGAAUGUAUUGAUACUGGACCAGGUUUUGAUUUGGUAGAUCAGUCACGCAUAUUUAAACCUUUUUCUCAAAUUGAUGCGUCAAAUGCUCGGAAACAAGGAUCAGGCUUAGGAUUGGUUAUUUCUCGUGAGUUAGCAGAACUUCAUGGCGGUGAAAUGAAAUGUAAAAGCAUCAAAAGUGUGGGAACGCAUUUCAUAUGGACUGCCAAAUUUAAGGUGGACAAUGAAUAUCUCAAUUAUGAUAUGCCAGAUGGAUGUUGCCCUGUUUGUUUUCAUCCCUAUGAAAUUUCUGAAAAGAAGGGUAUUCCAAAUGUCCGCAAAUACGGAGGUGAAAUUGCUAAAACACCGACUGAAAACGUUGAGGAAGUAUGCCCACAUUCUAAAGAUGUCAAUAAGGAUGAUGAAAAUGGCAGGUCCAAAGAGCAGAAGAAUGGUACAAUCAAUAGCGGAUAUAAUAAUCCGUAUGCUCCUUCUUUAAACUAUUGUCGCUGCUCAACAUCGCUUGAUCCAAGCAAUAUACUGUUUUGGAAGCUAUAUCGCUUUCAUUCUGAGGGCUUGCUUCUGAACUACAACGCUUUAGUUGUUGUUGUCUCGCAUACAAGAUUUAGCGCUGCUGCUCUGGUAAAUUUUGUUCAAACUUUGUUGCAUGAGAAAACACUAAAAGAUAUAAUAUCCUUUAAGGAUCCCACAAGAGCAUAUCAUUAUUUGGUGGAAACACCUAUCAAAUCUAAUGUGAGUCAUAUAGUCUUAAAUCUAGCUGAAAACGAAGAUUAUAUUACCUAUCUUCGUUCUCUUCAACAAAGUGCAUCCUACGAAAACACGAAUUUUAUCGUCAUUGUUAGUGCAAAGCAAAAGGCAGCUCUUUCCAGCUUAUUUUCAAAGCAUGCAAUCGAUCAAUCGAGAUUACAUUUCGUUUUACGUUUAUUAAAGCCUUCGAAACUGUUCCCCAUUUUUUACAAGGAUUGCCCUCAAAUAGAUAAAAACCUUCGGCGAAGCAGCCUAAUCUCUGAAAGGUUAGCUGAUGAGCAGAAAGCCGAAGCUGAGGAUUUGCGAAACGAUUUGAAGAAGUUCAAUUUCAGGGUUCUUUUAGCAGAAGACAAUAUCAUAAACAUUAAGGUCAUUAGUCGUUUUUUGGACAAAAUGGGAGUGGAAUAUAAUGUUGCUAUGGAUGGUCUGAAGUGUUUCGAAGAGUGGAAGCGAAAAGAUCCACAUUACUAUUCGCUAGUUCUUAUGGACUUGCAAAUGCCGGUUAUGGAUGGAUAUCAAGCGUGUACGGAAAUUCGGAAACGUGAAUUACAAGAUGGACUCGAAGCUACUUCAAUUGUUGCUUUGAGUGCAAAUGCUUUGUCGCACGUUGCAGCAAGCUGCGAAGAAUGCGGUUUUGAUACGUACUUAUCAAAACCAAUAACUUUAAAGCAUUUGACUGCCGUGGUAUCCAAAAUGUUUUACAAAAAAACGCUCGUUAAUACAACUGGUAAAGUGACGAGAUGUUAA